CCCCCGCUGGCUGGAAGCAAGGAGGUGAUAGUGGCCAAGGAGCAACGUUAGAGCCUCUGCCUCUCUCCGGGAACUAAACCAAGGCCCGGCACCCCCGAAGCAGCCACUAGACGGCGGCUCCCCAGAGGACGAGCGCCGCGACUCCGGAGCACCCAGCGACGCGCAAAGAGGAACGGGCCUUCGCAGACGAAACAGCGCUCCGAGGUAGUUCGUCCUAUCGGGAUAGCCGUAAACUUCAGGGGACAGGCCCCAGCAGAGUCCACGUGACUCCAGGGGCACAGGUCAGGAGCCAUGGCGGCAUCUAGGCCUCUGUCUCGCUUCUGGGAGUGGGGGAAGAAUAUCGUGUGCGUGGGCAGGAACUACGCGGACCACGUUAGGGAAAUGCAGAGCGCUGUGCUCAGCGAGCCUGUACUCUUCCUGAAGCCGUCCACCGCUUACGUCCCCGAGGGUUCGCCCAUCCUCAUGCCUGUGUACAGCCACAACCUGCACCACGAGCUCGAGCUGGGCGUGGUGAUGGGCAAGCGCAGCCGCGCAGUCCCGGAGGCCGCGGCCAUGGACUACGUGGCCGGUUAUGCCCUGUGCCUGGACAUGACCGCUAGAGACGUGCAGAACGAGUGCAAGAAGAAAGGUCUGCCCUGGACUCUGGCCAAGAGCUUCACAACUUCCUGCCCCGUUAGCGCGUUUGUGCCCAAAGAGAAGAUCCCUGACCCUCACAACCUAAAGCUCUGGCUCAAGGUCAACGGCGAACUCAGGCAGGAGGGUGAAACAUCGUCCAUGAUCUUUACCAUCCCUUACAUCAUCAGCUACGUUACGAAGAUAAUUACCUUGGAAGAAGGAGAUAUUAUCUUGACUGGGACACCAAAAGGAGUUGGACCCGUUAAAGAAAACGAUGAGAUCCUGGCCGGCAUUCACGGGAUUCUCAGUAUGAGAUUUAAGGUGGAAAGGCCAGAAUAUUGAGUCUACAAAGCGUCCGUAAUGGCUUAAGUUUCAGGAGAGAAGGGAGUCGGACAGAAGCAAGCAAAGGGUAUUAAAAGUGACAGUCCUUUAAUAAGUAACCAAAAGAUGAUUUGAUUGGAUUGCUAUGCCUCAACUCAGGGAAAAUGGAACCUCUAAGGAAACAUGAGCUACAAGAGCUAGGUCAGAAUGAAAAGGAAAAAGAGUGCCUUUCUUCUAGGAAACAACCAAAAUAAAGUAUUUGUGAUGGCUCCAGUGAGGAGAAUUUAUCAAACAAAAUGCUAAGAAGACUUCUUUCCUAAAACUGGACUGGUUAAGACUUUUCAGUGGGUCAUUCUGGGAUUUACUGUUCAAGAAUUAAAAUCUGCAGAGGAAGUUGAAAAGCAUGUUUCAAGUGUUUCCCACAUUUUUUUGAUCAUGAUAAUCAUCUGGAGGUAUUUGUAAAAAUUAAAAUUUCCAAAUUGCUGGCCCAUACUAGGCCCACUAUAUUAAUUAGCAGAAUUAAUCUUCAGCACGCCAAGUGAUUCUAAACUGAAAUGUGGAAAAACACUACUUCAUAGAAUCAGUUAAUUUAAAAUUUUAUUUAAUAAAUUAACAAUGAUUAAUGACCUCACUCGUUUGUACCCUGGCUUAUAGAAUCUGAGUUUAAGAGAUAAUUUUGAAACUACUGAAAACUGAAAAUCCAAAUAAAGAUGCUGGGUAUUGUGUGGCCUAAAA